GCUCUAUGCUCUCCACGCAUCCCACGUUGAGAAGUGUUUCUCUGCUCCUUCUUUCAGGAAAGCCCAAGGUGUACCAAGGCGUUAGAGUGAAGAUCACAGUUAAGGAGCUCCUGCAGCAGAGAAGAGCACGCCAAGCAGCAACUAGUACCAUGGUUUCUCUGGGCAGCAGCAGCAGCAUCCAGUUUUCAGACUCUGUGUCUCCUCCACACCCAGCACCUUUUGAUGCAGAAUCCAUCUCCUCUGCUCCCAGCUAUUGCCCAUCACGGCAGUUUUCAGACUGCCUCUCCUGCGAAGAAAGCCCUAGCUAUUUGGAGCAGCUGGUAGAUUCCUACCUUCAGACAGAGGCAUCCUCAGACACAGCCCUCAGUGCUCUCCAGACAUCCUCACACUACAUCUCUGACUCCUUCCAGCCAGUCCCACACUGCUUUAACCAGAGCCUGGCUCCUGGAUCCCCUAGCUCAACCGAUCUGUCCAGCCCACUAAACUAUAGCUGCUCCCCACCUCAGCUGCCUCCUUUCACCCCAGUGCCCCACAGCCCUCCCUCUGCUCUGGACACCAAGCCCUUCGGCUACCCCGCCGAGGAGUGGUCCUGCCAUACCCCGUCCCUGUACACCGCCUCCGCCUGCUGCUGCGCGUCCUGCGGCUCCGAGCACGGGGACACGCGGGUCCCGGAGUACUUCCCCUGCCCCGGUACGGACUGCAUGGACUACCUGCCGCCCGUGGCUGUGGCCGACGACUUCUUCCGAAGGGCUGGCAACUGGGACAUCUGCUACAGCUAA